GAAUCCAGAAAAAGAAAAGAGAGACAUGUGAAGGCAAAUCCUUGGGAGGAGGAGAGUAAAGUCCACUCCUACUUUCAACUAUGAAUAUAAGGAAAAACAAAUACACCAAGGUCAAAUAUGAUACAAAGGGGCAAUUGUUUUUCCCUUCAAACUACAAAGACCAUAUGAUGUGGCUUUCUUUGGGGGAAAGGGUGUUGUCCACUACCUUCACAUGAGAUUAGAUAGUUCUAGGUUGCCAGGUUUAUUUGAAUCUCCCCUCUGCCUCUGUCCUUACUCCAAACUCUGUUAAAAGUACUCUUGAUUGUUGUCUUCUCCUUUUCUCUCUGACAUUGUUUUUGUCAGUUACCCUUUUUAGUCCUUUUCCUCAGUUUUUUCAUUUUCCAAUGCAUAGUCCAACUCCAUUGUUUGAUUAAUCCAUCCCUACUUCUACUGUGUUUGUUUGUGACUUUGUGUAUUGUCCCCUCCCAAUCUUUGCUCUUAAGUCUUCCAAGUUCCUAUCAUUUGCCAUUUUCACAAAAUUAAUUUUGAUCAUAGGAGAUUGUUCAAAUGUUCAACACCCCAUCUAUAACAUUUGUGGGUUAGAGUCACCAAAUGAGCAUUAGCUCCAAGGAAAAGGAAUUAAAGGGAAAUCAAAGAGAUCAAUUCCCCCUUUAAUGGGUUUUCUUUCUGGACUUUCAGAAAUUGAUUCUGUAUUGGUCGAUCGAGAGGGUUCUGCUUUCAGAAUUUGAGAAAAGAGAGUAACCAUUCUCUAACUGGAGCUGAGGUCUGAACUAUUUUGGGGUUUUGUUGUUUGGUUCAUUGAAUAUUAUUGGGAUGUGAUAAUAUUUGGGAUGAUUUAUAUCUGAACUAUUUGGAUUGAAUCUCAAAUGGACUUACCGAAUUGUAAGCAUUUGACAUUCUUUGGAGUCCAUAUGAAUUCCUUGGCUGGAAAAUGUGUGGGGUUAGUUGUCAUUGCUUUGUUCGUGGGAACUGUUCUGCUUCCAACAUUCUCUGGACUUGGUGGGGUCAUUCAACAGAACAAUGUUUUCCUUAUCCACAACCGAUCAUUUCCAUCAAAUCAAGCCAUAAAACAGAAAUUUCUGGAAGUUCCUCAGAUUGUUUGGGGAUUGAACAAUCAGAAGAUUGCCUUUGCUAGAGCUUGUUUGACCGCACGAAUGCUCAAUCGAACACUGCUAAUGCCUAAAUUGAGUGCUUCGCUGUUUUAUAAAGAAGUCGAACUUUUGAAGCCUAUUUCCUUCGAUAAGGUCUUCCAAUUUGAAAGAUUUAAUUCCCUUUGUGAAGGGUUUGUCCAAUUGAGUCGUUAUUCAUAUGUUUCAAAUCAAAGUGAUGUUAUCGAACUUCAGAAAGGCAGCGGAAGAAGGUGGACGUUGGAAAAAGAUUUGGAGCAGUUGACUCAAUUUAGUAAGCAUCCUCAUGAUGCACGUGAGAUUGUUCGGAUAGUAGGGAAGAAUCCAUUUUUGUGGCAUGAUCAUUGGCCGGCUAAAGACUAUGCAAAGGUUUUUGAAUGCUUAGCUUUAGUAGAGGAGAUAUCGACACAAGCAGAUAGAGUUAUCUCCAAGAUUAGAGAAAUAGGAAUGGAGGUGAGAAGUAAGGUUCCAAUGUCAGGCUCUUCAUCAGAACCAGUUCCGUAUGUAGCUGUGCACAUGAGAAUAGAAAAGGAUUGGAUGAUACACUGUAAGAAGCUGGAGCAAAGAUUAAACAUUAGUGAAAUAUGUAGUUGUAAGGAGGAGAUUAUGGCCAGAGUGGGAAACAUCCCGGGCCUUAAAACCCCUGUAGUUGUUUAUCUUGCUGUCGCCGAUGCUCUUCUUGAAGAUGAUACUGUCUUGAAUGGUUGGAAGGACGGAUUGCUUCCUUUCGAGAAGAAAAAACUGGGUGUUUUUGAAAUUUACAAGAAGCAGCCAUACCUAUUUCAAUCUGCUAUCGACUAUGAAGUUUGCUUAAGAUCUGAUGUCUUUGUAGGGAACAGUUUUUCAACAUUUUCUAGCCUUGUUGUUCUUGACAGAACCCAGAAGAUGAUUGACAUGGGCGAUACAAAGUUGUGUGGUCCGGAUGUUAGGUGGCCGUCUUUUGCAUAUAAUAUAAGAGGAAUGGGGGAUAGCCCUCAUCCAUGGGUAACAAAUAUGUCUGACACUAGCUUGACGGCAAUUAGCUAUGGUUCCAAUCACAUUGCUUGCUGAGAUGACUUUCAAGGCUUGAAUUACAUAUUGUUUGUCAGCCUUGGAUGCAUGGAUAAGGAUGCAGAUGAUUGGCCGAUGUUGUGAUCUUCAAGUUUUUUUGGUUAAGGAGAUAAGUUAUACAAAUUCUUAAGGCUUUGUGGGGAUUCUGAAGAGUAGGUAUACUUUGCAUUUCUGUAAUUACAUAUCUCAGAUUUUGCAUUCAUUUUUGUUGAUAUGUUACAGCAACAUGUUAAUAGAGCUUAAACUUUUGCUGGUAGUUUUGUAUGAUAUACUCUCUGUCAACACUAUAGUAAUAUUUGAUGUCCUCCAUGAGAUAGUGAGAAAUUGAAGGCCAAAUGUACUGUCUUUUCAGUACUUUAUCACCAUAUGAUAACUAAAUGAAACACAAAGUACAUUGUGUAUGUAGACCACAGAGAUAAGGAAUAAGGAAUUUGGUGUUUUAGGCCUUGGUGCUUCACUAUUUGCUUGAGCCUUACAUUUUAUGCCACAACUGGUCAUUGGUUUCCUUGCACUAGGCUAUCCAAUAAUUUGUGUAGAACAAUGAUUGGUAUUUGUUCAGUUUCAACUGUUUUAUAAUGAGAUUUGCAGGUACUUCCAACAUAUUCAGUACCAGUUCUUUAGAGGAUUCUGUUAUUCUUCUUUCAUGCUUUUUAUUUAGGAAUCAGAAUUCUGUAUCUUGUAUCUUUCAAAUACUAGUGUAUGUUUACUUAGUGGAUUUUGUAACAUAUGAGAGGAAUUUGACCUUUAUGGUCAUUUGAAACAGGCUAGUUUACAUGGUUGUGAAGUUAGAUUCCUAUACUUAUCUGCA